AUGCUUGGAUCAAAUUACUCUGAGGUUUCUGAAUUUGUGUUUCUGGGACUUUCUACAUCUAGACCAAUGCAAUAUUUCUUCCUUAUUUUCUCUACAGUGUUUUAUGUAGCUAUUGUUCUGGGAAACCUUCUUGUUGUAUUCACUGUGAUUUUUGAAUCUCAUUUGCAUUCCCCUAUGUACUUCCUUUUGGCAAAUCUCUCUUUUAUUGAUUUAUGUCUUCCCACUUUAACGGUUCCUAAGAUGAUAACUGACCUAUACUCUGGGCAAAAUACCAUAUCUUCCAAAGGGUGUAUCAUCCAGAUUUUUGUGCUUCACAUUCUGGGUGGAUCUGAGAUGGUGCUGCUCAUAGCCAUGGCCUUGGACAGAUAUGUGGCCAUAUGUAAGCCCCUUCACUACCUGACCAUCAUGAGUCCACAGAUGUGCAUUUGGCUUCUGAUUGGUGCGUGGGUUAUUGGUCUCAUUCAUUCAAUGGUUCAGUUAGCUUUUGUUGCUCAUCUACAUUUCUGUGGCCCUAAUGAAAUAGACAGUUUCUACUGUGAUCUACCUCGCUUUAUCAAACUUGCCUGCAUACACACUUACCAACUGGAAUUCAUGGUCACUGCCAACAGUGGGUUUAUAUCCAUGGGAACUUUCUUCUUACUGAUUUUCUCCUAUGUAUUCAUUCUGUUCACUGUUUGGAAACGCUCUUCAGGUGGUUUGUACAAGGCACUCUCUACAUUGUCAGCUCACAUCACUGUAGUAGUGUUAUUUUUUGGACCGUGCAUAUUUGUCUAUGUGUGGCCAUUUCCCACAGUACCAGUGGAUAAAUUUCUUGCUAUUUUGGACUUCCUGAUUACACCCAUUCUGAAUCCUGCCAUCUAUACAUUGAGGAACAAGGACAUGAAGAUGGCAAUGAGGAGAUUGAGUAGUCAGUUCCUGAGUUUCAGGAAGUUGUCCUAA